CUCUCGGCGCUCCAGUAUUCAGUUGAACCGUGGCUGCCGAAGUGUGGAGAACAAUUUUUUCACGUGCUAGUGACUAUUACAUGUUUGUAAACAUAAUUAUUUAAUUAUUACCGCAAAAUUGGUACUAAGUAGUUGAAUUAAUACAUAACGAUAUCACAAUGGCAUCCAACAGAGCAGCCAAAUCAGGAUUCGCCGCUGAGGCACAAAGAAAGAUUAAUAGCAAAUAUAGUGAAGAACUAGCUCAAGAGUCUCUACAAUGGGUAAAAACAAUUACUGGAGCAGAUAUAAAUACAAGUGGAGAUAUGGAUAAUUUUUAUGAAACAUUGAAGAAUGGAGUACUUCUUUGCAGACUGGUAAAUGAACUCAAAGUAGGAUCAGUGAAAAAAUUUAAUGAAUCUACCAUGGCAUUUAAAUGCAUGGAAAAUAUCAAUGCUUUCCUAGAAGCAGCUAAAGCACUUGGAGUACCACCCCAAGAAACCUUCCAAACUGUUGAUCUCUGGGAACGACAAAACCUCAACUCUGUCGUCAUUUGUCUACAGUCACUCGGAAGAAAAGCUGGAAAUUACGGAAAGCCAAGUAUUGGUCCCAAAGAAGCCGACAAAAAUAUCCGUCAAUUUACCCAGGAAGUAUUAAAUGCUGGACAACAGGUAAUUAGUCUGCAAUAUGGCAGUAACAAAGGUGCUACCCAGAGUGGUAUUAAUUUUGGAAAUACUCGACAUAUGUAAAUGAUUGAAAUGUUUUUUUUUUUUUUUAUGAAAAUAUUAAAGUAAUCAUUUUUAUAUUAUUUUGUAAAAAUCUGUGAAUUGGUUGACAAAUUAUUAUUUAUAAAAUAAUAAGAUUUAUGGAUUGGCAAUACAUAAAUAAGAGUAUCGCUAACUGAUAAUGGAUCUAUGAACACAAAAAAAGGAUCAUAAAAUAUUUUUAUGUUUUUUCCAAAAUUAUUUAUCAAUUAACAUUAAAUUUAAUAAUUGCAAUAUUUGCUAAAAAAGAAGUUCUAUGAAUAUAAGAACUCUGUCAGCAAUAGGUACAUUCAGAUAAUAGUAUCUAAUUGAAGAAAAACUCAUAAAAGACAUUACCGAUGUUAUCAAAAUAAAAUGCACAGUUAUUUAAAAGAUAGUUGAAGUUUAGAAAUAAUUACAGAAUUUCUAUCUAAGUUAAUGAAAUCAAAGUAUUUUAAAAACAUUCGUUGUUUACACUAUUGCCUUAAAGUUUCACCAAAUUAUUUGGUUGUAAACAUUUUGCAAUCAAUAAUUAUGAAUUAUGUAUUUUCUUAUUAAAAUGUACAUUCCUUAAAUAAUUGUGAAUACUUAACAAAUAUUAUUGACUGUUAAAUCAAUAGAUGUCAAUUAUAUUCUUCCAAAGGCCAAAAUGUGAAAUGAACUAAAUAAAGUUUGAUAAAUAAACUUUGUUAAUUUUUAAUCAACAUUGAUAACGUUAUCUCUUUUCUAGUGUUAUUAAAUAACAAUAAAAAGUCAGUAUGAAUAAAUCCAUGAUAAAAUAUUGUCUUGUAUGAAAAUGAAAUAUUAUUGUUAAGUGUCACAUCUUGAUAAUCAAAAUUUUUCAAUAGAAAACCUGAUUAGUGUGUGAAAAAAAAAUAAUAUACUAUGAACAACAUUACUACAAAUGUAAACGAAACAAAAGACAUU